AUGACAGACUUUUUAGAACAAGUGAUACACCCAGACUUUAGAUCUGAAGAUGUAGUAAAUGUGUUUUCCACUAAUCCUCUGGGGAAUACUACUAGUGAAUCUAGCAAUAUUAACCAGGCUUUUUUUGCGAUACAAAAAUUAUACCAAACUCAAUUGAGGGGCUUUUGGGAACUGGCUAGCCUAAAGCACUAUAUAGAACAAAAAUUGGUACCAAGGGGCCUUAGACCAGACAUCCUACUACCUGACAAAGUUAAAACUGAAGAACAGAUUGCAGAGUGGAAUUCCAUCCUGCUAGACUGUUCAGCCAGGAUAAUGCAGUUCCUGACCAAGUUGGAACAAGAAAGCCUAGAAAAAACCAAUGGAGAGCUAGACAGUGAAAUUAAGAAAAUUAAAAUAUUUGACAAAGAUCCAAAUUUUACAGCUAUGGAAACUAAAUUACAAAAAAACUUAGAGAACUUUAAGAGGAAUAUCAGACACAAAAAACAUUACAAAUUUCAAAGGGAUUUUAGAGACUUUCAGGAAGGCAAUAUCUUUAAAAAUAAAAACAAACGAAACUUUAGAAAUAGAAAUGUGGGCAAAGGGUUUUCUUCCUCUGAGGAAACCGAAUGGUCUGACUCAGAAACACACUGGCGUCAGAACAAAAGACCCGGGUUUAAUAGAAACAAUUAUAAAUCUCCCACUGGUCAAACUAGAGGUAUCCUUAGAAACACCGAAAAAAAUAUUUCCUUUGCAGGCCCUCCCCUUGUAACUGUGUCAGACUCCAGUUCCAGACAAGAAACUUCGUCAGGUUCGUCCCAAUCGUCUUUGACUUUUUUAGACCAGGACUGGCCCCAACCACAGCGAGAACGACUCAGAGACAGGAAAAAAUGGGGCUACAAGACACACAAGUCCAACUACCAAUGA